CCUAUCGUUUGCUGGCUUCGCUUUUAAACACUUGCCGCUUUUCUUUUGUUUAAUAAUUAAAAAUACGGGCCUGAUAAAAUGUCUGCGAGUCUGGCGAAUGUGUACGCGGAGCUAAUGCGCCGAUACGGCGAGACAUUUACCAUUACCUACGGCCCACCGCCCACCUACUUGGCCAACAUAGUCGGAGCUGCGGAGGCGGGAAAAAAGAUAGUGUUGCUUUUCAGAGAGGAACGCAGUGGUGCCGCAGCAUCCAGGAUCCGGACCACGCCCGUCAAGCGCGAGCGCAAAUCAGAUGGCACUUCGGAGCUGGAUCUUACGGGCAGUCCCCUCAAGGAUGACUGUGAGGUGGAAGCCAUUGGGGAUCAGUCGCUGGAUCUGCAACUGGAGGACAAGAACCCUUGGAAGCUGGAAGAGGAGUACCACAGGGGAGUACCCGUGGAUAAGGCCAGGGCCAUUAUUUGUCGGGAAUCCUUUCAGAAGACCGAGGGCCUGGGUUCCGUGUGGUUCCUGUGCGACGCAGAAGACCUGGGCCAAACGCAGCUGCUUCAGUAUGAGUUUGACAAAUCGCACUUCUCGCGUGGAGUCCUUAGCUACCAGGGCGUGGUGCCAGCCUACACGGUGACCUCACAGUCCCUGGUGCGUAAACAUUCUCCUGCUGGUGGCCAUCCAGCUGAAACUAUCAUCGAAAACACCUACGCGGUGAACUCCAACAUGAUGCUGCGUGUGUCCCAUUCCACCAAUGCACCUCUUCCGCUCUUAAUCAACCUACAUGACUGCGAGGUGACUCUGAAUAACACAUUCCACGUGGGUGACUGCACUUCCCUGACGCGGGACUUUAUGGUUCAGCUGCGUAUACUGGUCUACAUACGCGAGGAUAUUGUCAACUACCACAAGGAUAUGAAGCAGGGUAUAGCCAGGGAUCCCAACUACCGUUGUGGCGUCGGCAUCGAUAUGGACGAGUUAAGGGAGGCGAUCAACAAGACCAUGACAGAUGUGUCCGGCUUUUCGGAUCUGCCCACUCAUGGUCUUAGCGGAGAGGCCGACAUAGAGGAUGUAGUGCAUCGGGCCAAGAUCCGUAGGAUCACCGACCUCACCGACAAGCUCUGGGAGCUGCUUAAAUGUUGCGACUCAUAUAAAGACCUUAAAAUGGCCUUCAAUAUACUCUUUCAAUGCGCCGCCCGCUGUAAUAUUGUGAAUACCCCCACCAAUAAGAAUCGUCUGGCCGAGAUUAUCAAAGAGCUGGCCAAUCGUCGAUUAGCCAUUCCUUGUCUCAGUGGCGCCGAGCCAUUAGAACUCCUUCUGGAGAUUGGCCUAGAGAAAGUAUAUAAGGACUAUGAGUUCAUCUAUACCGAAAGCAAGCUGUGCAGCACCAACCUGCUGAAGCAUACAAGCGAGGUGGCAGCCGCAAAUGAUGGUGAUGACGCACCGCAGAAUCUCCCCCAGCUGCGAAAAUCCCUGCAUAACGCGGUUAGGGGAGAUCCUACCCCCGGAGCCGGUGGAAUGCGAAAGACGCUGCUGCACCACAAUAGUGCCGACAAGCCGGGGAAUGCAAAAUAUGCCAGCCAGGACGACGAUGAGGCGGGAUUUAAGAACAGUCAUUUUGAUGAGCGCGAGAGCAUGGAGCGGGUCUCCAAGCUGUUUCAAAUCCACUGCACUUUGGAGCAUCUAUUGAUGAUACAAGUGCACCUCAAUUUGCCCAAUGCUUACAGCGAUAUCUGCUCCAAGCUGCUAAAGAAAACCCCAUGCCUAUUGGAAGCCAUUGAUGACCAGCUGAGUGAUGAGAUGGAUAUCACCCUCUCUGCGCACUGUGUCGCUUCCCAUCUGGAUGGUAAGGAACCCUACUCGCGUCAGAUUACCAUGCGAUCUUAUAAUAAAUUUCGCGAAAUGAAGACUACAUUUUACUACAACUCUGACAACAUUUGUCCACCGAAUCUGGUCGAGUGCUUCCAAAGCGAUGACAAAAAACUAGUCAAGGAGCGAACAUAUCAUUCCUGGUUGUAUCGUAAGAUUCGUACACUUCAGUGAUUCCAAUAAUUUUGUAUAUUUAUUCACAGUCUUUGUUCUAAGAAAUGUAUUCAAUUGUUUAUAGAUCCCAAUGUUAAAUUAAUAUUUUCUUCUCAUUUUUUUAAUGUUGAAAAAUAAACAUAUUUUUAGAAUAUAAAGUUUAAUUACUUCCUAGAAUAUAGGCAACCACCUGAAAAUUCAAUUUAUAUGAU